CAGAGAAAGCAAUAUAUACCAUCCAAAUACUUCAACUGCUAGUGUCUUUGCCAAACUUCCUUGUGUCUAAGUCUGUCCGGCUCUCCCUCUUCUUCUCUUCUAUUGGGUGGUAAACACAAACCGCAAAGAUGUCUGAAAAAAAGAUGUCAUCGAGUCGCAGGCAUAAUCUGAAGAGCUUAAUGCUCUCCAUCGCCAAGGGUUUGCUUGAAGCUGAGGUAAAGCAGAAGGAAGAGGAGAGAAAAAAUUACAUGGAAGAAAACUGCCCACCACUGUCUCUUCCUGGAUCAUUGCAAGAGCUGCAGGAAUUUUGCAAACAGCUUCACCAGAAAGUCGACAAAGUUGACGAGGAGAGAUAUGACCUGGAAAGCAAAGUGGACAAGAGUUCUAAGGAGAUUGAAGACCUGAGGAUUAAAAUUCAGGACCUGAAGGGCAAGUUCAAGAAGCCGGCCCUGAGGAAGGUGCGCAUGUCUGCCGAUGCCAUGCUGAAGGCUCUGCUGGGCUCCAAGCACACGGUCAACUUGGACCUGAGGGCCAACCUGAAGCAAGUGAAGAAGGAGGUCAAGGAGGAGGAUAAGGACCUGCGUGACGUGGGUGAUUGGCGCAAGAACAUCGAGGACAAGGCUGGCAUGGACGGAAGGAAGAAGAUGUUUGAGUCCGCUGAGGCUUAGAUGUAUUUCUCUUACCUGGUUUCUGCCCCAUCUGGCCCCAGUCAGUGCUGAAAUGAGCUGUGAAUCUCACGCUAAAGUCACCCAUUGCUGUAGUCUGCUAACCGCUAGUAGUGGUGUAGGGUAGUGGGCAAACAAGGCCAGGGUCCGUCACCAUUGCUGACUGACCACUUUACCACCCCUCAACCCCUCACUGCGACUUAACACAAAUAUUGCACACAAACUUGUAUAAAUAAAUGACUUUAAGGAAACUUUU